AAAGCAGGAGCACCUUAGAUCAUCAUCGUUUAUUUGCAGCUGCAUGUAGAAUAGAAGAAAAGAAAAGUAAAAAAAUGGGGACAGAGACGUUAAGGCUGCGAGUGGUGUUCGACGAUGUGACAAUUCUCAACAAAACACAAAAAUCAGAUGGAAUGAACCGGACAUGGCUCCUCCUUAAAUCACAACAACAUCGCACCAUUUCCGAUGUCUGCAAUCAUCUUCUUCACCUUUUCAAACUUCAUCGUUCUUGCCCUAAUGGCAUCAUCCUUUCUAUGGAGGGCUUUGCAUUACCCCCUUUUGAGUCAACUGAAAUCUUACAAGAUAAGGAAAUCAUUAGUGUGAAAAAAAAGGGCGGGGCCACCAUAGAGGCCGCAGAUGGUGGUAAUUUGCUUGACGAGGGUGAAGAUGAAGGGCUGGAGCCAGGAGCUAAUGGUUUGCUACUUUUAGGAAAUGAUAAUAAGGGAACUGGGGACGAUCAUAGUGAAUUUGAGGAUAUUGAUGAAGAACCGUCUGAUGGAGAAUCACCCAAAGAAGCAGUUACUAAGAAAAGAAAAGCCACCACGAAUCUUCAGAACUUGAACAGGAAGAAGAAACUUUGUUUGGAGGUGUUCGAUAACAAGGAUGACGAAAUUGAGGAUGUUAACAAUGAUGCAUCUCCCAGUAAAGUCACCAGUAAGGAGACUAAUAAAGGUGCUGCAGUAAGUAACAAAAAAGUUAAAACUGCUGUCAGUUUGAAACGGAGUGAACAGCUUCAAGAGAAUGUUGAAGAAGGCAAUCAAGUCUCUGUCGAAGCUGCUGCUGUUAAAAAGAUGCCUAGUAGAAGCGCUAGACGGAAAAAGGCUAAAAGAGAAUGGAUGCGAGAAAUAUCUAAAAUAGCAAAGAAGAAGCCACAGUCUUAUUUAAAGCCUGAAUUAACUAAAGCUGAAAGAAAACAGGCUUCUAAAACCCCCGUGCAGAAUGGUCGGCCAAAGGGACUACUACACUGGAAACAGGCUUCUAAAACCCCCGUGCAGAAUGGGGAUGUAGACCCCGUUGUAAGCAGGCCAGGACAUAUACGUUUUGAACAUCUUGAUGAAGAUCAGCCUACAAAACAGACCAGAGUAUCAAAUGAAACUAUAAAGUGGAAUGGUAGUAGCAGCAAGAGAAGGGGUCAAAAAGCGGGUAGAGAAAAGUUUUAUAAUUCUCAAAGGAACAACCGUAAAAGAUUAAAUACAGAAUCCUUUAAAAUGCUGUUUAAAGAUACUCAAGUACCCGUAAUUGACCCCAGUGAUUUUGACAAGCUUCCCCCUUGUUGCGAACCGAAGGAAGGUGAUGUGAUUGCAUACCGUCUUCUUGAGUUGAAUUCUUCAUGGAUUCCUGAGUUUUCCUCCUACCGUGUUGGAAGAAUAUCAUAUUAUGAUGCCAGGGAUAUUGUUCUGAUUCCAGUGACAGAAUAUCCUAUUGAUUCUGAAAAGAUUAAAGAAGAUGGGCCAAAUGGCUCUCUUUAUGGAGAAGACGGUACUUUAGAGAUAAACUAUUCAGCUCUUGUCGAUGUCCGCAACUUGAAGCAGUAUGAACCAGAUGCUACGGAAGCAGCGAGUAAUGGUGGCAGUCAAACUCCCUUGAGUGUGGACAAAGAUUCUGCAGCCAACUUAUUGUCAAACAGUAAUGACAAGAUAGAAGCCUCAAAAGACUCCAACCCAGGAGAUGGAGAAGUAACCCCAUGGGAUCGCUUCAGCAAGGUAAACCACGAGGUCAACCAUUCGAGUAUGAUAGUUUCUGUGACGAACCCAUGUUUGUAUGGUGCGCCUGGCCCAAGUACAAGUACAGCUCCAGAAGCUAAUGGAGCAGGGUCAUCCGAGGAUAAAGACGGGCAAAAGGGCAACUCUUUGGACCCAUGGUUGAAUGCAAAUAAGUCGGAGCCAUCUCAAGAGAAAGCAGCUAGUUGGACAGAUAUAAAGAAGACAGGUCCUUCUGAGAACAAUUGUGAAACAGGCAGUUCCUGGGGAAGGCCAUGGUCGUCAUUUGUAGUUUCACGGGGCAGUUCUGUUAAACAGCCGAACCAAGAAAAUAGCUGGCAGUUGGGAAGUUCUCGUAGCAAUGGGAGGCCAUGGUCUCGUGGUGCUCCACGAGGCCGUGGACGUGGUCGCGGUCGCGGUCGAGGGCGAAAUGGUAAUAUGAUGUAAUUUAGUGGUUGGUUUGAAAGAAUUAUAACCGAGGCUGAGCCUGUGUUUGUUUCAAGAUAACUGGAAGCUAUGGCUAUUUUGAGGUAUGAGUCCAGCGUCCUCUGGAAUAUGCUUAUGUAAUAUAAAGUUAUGCCAUGUUAUAUUAACGAAUGCUAGGAUUUGGCUAUCAAGUUUUGUAUAAAGGUUGACUUAUCGUUAAUAACUA